AUGAAGAGCAGCGCAGAGCCGAGCCAAUGGAGAGCAAGGCGUGUGGGACUCUGGAAGGUACCACCUGUAUUGGCAGACAAAGUCUACUCGUCUGAGUUCGCACCCAGAAUUUUAUCGAGUCAGGUGAAAACAGAUAAGAAUGUGACGGAGAUGCGAGAGAGGGUGUGUAGUGGAGUGGAUGAAAGGAGAAGGGAGUUGUAUGGCCAACAGGGAUGGAAUGCCCUGGUUUCUGAGAGUGGGGAAGAGGGCGGUAGUAAUUGGGAAUGA